AAGACGUCCGAGAGCUUCUUCAUUCAGCUAGUAUUGCCAUGGGGGCUAAUGGUAUGUUGACGUCAUCCACUGCGAUCUCAACAAUUGCGAUUGCGCCGUCUUCUCUAUUGCAUUCUGUAUUGGCACUUUCCUCUGCACCGGUUGAUCAAGAGGCUUCUAUUAUUGAUGCACCUGUUGUUGGUUUUGUUAUCGUAUCCGAUGUUGAUGAAACCAGAGGGCGGCUAACGCUGACUGCACCUGCUCCCGGACGUCUUCCAAAGUCUUUUUUAAUUUGGUCCCCAUCCUCUUCCCUUAAGUGCGCAAUGCUCAAGUAG